UACGCUGUUUUUCGAUUUCAUUACAUUAGCUCAGAUAUUGUCUCCACCGCACUACAGUAGCGCCAUUCACUAUUCGGGCUGACAAACAGCCAAAGCCUCGACUCUUGAACCCCGAGCAACGCGUCCCUCUCGCUCUCGCGUAUAUAAAACGGUCCCCCUAAAACUAAAAUCCCCGAAUGCUUAGCCUGAGAGCGACGCCAUCCCGUUUGAGCGCCAUGUCCAGCGCUAAAAUUUUAACCUCGUCUUCAUCGUCGGUGUCGGCGUCUAUGGCCCCGAGAAACCCUAGACUGCAAUCGCAACUCUAUUCGAGUAGUCCGAGACUCUUCGAUGGACUUCUACGUGGGAACAGUGUUUCGUUCGCUUGUUCUCCCUUUUCUUCUUCUCGCUGCGCUCAUGCCUCGCUGCGGUGCUACUCGUCUUCGGCUGGAUUUGAUAGAAUUCGGGUGCAGAAUCCUAUUGUGGAAAUGGACGGCGACGAAAUGGCAAGGAUCAUGUGGAGAACGAUAAAAGACAAACUUAUAUUUCCAUAUUUGGAUUUGGAUAUAAAGUACUUUGAUUUGGGAAUUUUGAACCGCGAUGCAACGGAUGACAGAGUUACCAUAGAAAGUGCCGAAGCGGCUCUUAAGUACAAUGUUGCAGUAAAGUGUGCUACAAUUACUCCUGAUGAGACCAGAGUCAAAGAAUUUGGGCUGAAGGCUAUGUGGAGGAGUCCCAAUGGCACAAUUCGAAACAUCUUAAAUGGUACUGUUUUUCGUGAACCCAUCCUAUGCCGUAACAUUCCCAGAAUUGUUCCCGGUUGGAAGAAACCCAUAUGUAUUGGUAGGCAUGCAUAUGGCGAUCAGUAUCGUGCCACGGAUACAGUCAUUGAAGGGCCAGGAAAGCUUAAAAUGGUUUUUGUCCCUGAAGAUGGGAGCACACCAGUGGAGCUUGACGUUUUUAAUUUUAAAGGACCGGGAGUAGCACUUGCUAUGUAUAAUAUUGACGAGUCUAUUCGAGCUUUUGCCGAGUCGUCCAUGUCACUGGCAUAUGCAAAGAAGUGGCCUCUUUAUUUGAGCACCAAAAAUACCAUUCUGAAGAAAUACGAUGGCAGGUUUAAGGACAUAUUCCAGGAGGCAUACGAGAAGAAAUGGAAGCAAAAGUUUGAAGAGAAUUCAAUAUGGUAUGAACAUCGGUUGAUAGAUGACAUGGUUGCUUAUGCACUAAAAAGCGAAGGAGGAUAUGUCUGGGCUUGCAAAAAUUACGAUGGAGAUGUGCAGAGCGAUUUACUUGCUCAAGGAUUUGGUUCCUUGGGCCUUAUGGCUUCUGUGCUGUUAUCCUCCGAUGGGAAGACACUAGAAGCUGAGGCCGCUCAUGGGACAGUAACUCGCCAUUUUCGAUUACAUCAGAAGGGGCAAGAAACCAGUACAAACAGUAUUGCCUCAAUAUUUGCAUGGACACGGGGACUAGAACAUAGGGCCAAGUUAGAUAAAGAUGAAAGGUUGCAGGAUUUUGUUCACAAGUUGGAGACUGCAUGCGUUGGGACUGUGGAGACAGGAAAAAUGACCAAGGAUCUUGCAAUUUUGAUCCACGGAUCCAAGGUAUCGAAAGAGUAUUAUUUGAACACGGAAGAAUUUAUUGAUGCUGUUGCACAAAAUCUCGAGGGCAAGCUUCGAGAACCUGCUGUGGUUUAAAUAAACGAACAUGACCCUAUGAGAUGGUCAUUCAGGAAAUCAAUCCCCAAGGCAAGAAAGAAUUUUUUGAGGUUUGGGUUUUAGACUUACAAGGGGAAUAGCUUUCUAUCUUAUUUAUAUUUUAAUAAAAGUCCCAGUGCUUCAAACUAGUUUUACAUUGGCAAUAAGUUCUGUGUUCAAUGGAAAUUUAUGGUUUGAAGUUCUGGCCA